GCGAAGGCAACCCUGAGCUAUAAACAUCAUUUGCAUGCGUUGAGUUGUUUUGUUUUGGUUUCCGCCACAAUUGAGCGAGUUAAUUCGUGAGCAGCUUCAUUUUCCAGCCAUGAGUGAUGAUUUAUCCAACAACGAUCAUAAUUACAACCGGCGUCUUCGGCGAAACCGUCGGUGGUGGAUGCGACCAGUUUUCUUCCGCAGAAGACAGGAUGGAAAUCGUCUGUUGGACGACAUCAAGGCCGAAAUGGUAAACGAUACGAUAAAAAAUUUUAUGCGGAUGAAACACGAAGAUUUCGAUCGUCUUUAUGCCUUGGUCGGUCCAGAAAUAAGCCGCAUGGAUACAAAUAUGCGAGAAGCGAUCACGGCCCAAGAAAGGCUUUUAAUAACAUUGCGGUAUUUGGCAACGGGGGAGACAUUUGCAAGUUUGCAAUACUUGUUUCGGGUUUCUAAAUCGUCGAUUGCCAAAAUUGUGAAGGAUGUGUGUGCAUGUUUAAAUAAACAUUUGCGGAGCUAUGUAAAGAUGCCGUCCACAGCAGAAGAAUGGAAGGAGAAAUCAAAAAAGUUUGAACAAAGGUGGAAUUUUCCGCAUGCAAUUGGGUCCAUUGAUGGCAAACACGUACAAGUGGAAAAGCCUAGUAAUAGUGGAUCAGAGUAUUACAACUAUCAACAUUAUUUCAGCAUUGUAUUACUUGCGGUAGUAGAUGCCGAUUACAACUUUUUACAUGCAGAUAUUGGAGGAAAAGGUGGAAUAUCUGACGGAGGUGUGUUUAAAAACACACGCUUGUACCAGAGGUUGGAAAACAACAGUUUGAACGUUCCGGAACCUGAACCACUGCGAGUUCCAUAUGCAAUGCGAGUACCUUACUUUCUUUUAGGCGAUAAAGCGUUUGCUUUUACCAGGUACUGCAUUCGACCAUUUGGAGGCAUGCAUGCGGAAGGGACAAUUGAAAGAGUUUUCAACAAACGUCACUCUCGUGCUCAAAUGAUCGUUGAAAAUGUGUUCGGGAUUUUAGCCAACCGUUUCCGUAUUUAUAAAAGCCCGAUUCUGCUAGAGCCAGAAGAAGCUAAAACGGUUAUUAUGACAACAAUAUAUCUCCAUAAUUUUCUUCGACAGAGUGCUUCACGCAAUACAUACACUCGCCCUUCAUCUUUUGACAGGGUCGUCAAUGGGCGUUUUGUAGAAGGCGAUAGAGCUCCAACUACAAUGAGCGGACUACAAGGCAUACCCUGUCGCACGCCAAACGACUUGUUGAAUAUACGUUUACACAUUGCACAUGAUCUUAAGUAUAAUAACCAACUUAAUCAUUAAUGCAAUACAACUCUUUGUAUGUGCCAUUUAUUAAGUUGAUAAUUAGUUAUUAAAUCGUAGAAUGUGCGCUAGAAGCACGUAGAAAAGCUUAAUUCAGUACAACGCGAGUUCUUGCUGUUCGGGAACGGUCUAGUGUUGGGUCACCCGGAGUCGGGUGCGAGCCAGCCGGAAUCGAUUCCGACCCGCGAGUGCAGCGAGUUAGGGUCGACCCGACUGAUGAGUAUGAUGAUGACGGGUCGUGUAGGUAGGUUCAAUACCCGACCCGAACUCGCUGCACCAACAGGUUGGAGUGGCUUAUGCUUUCUCGCACCUACUGAUCUUUCGGGUCGACCCGAACUCGCUGCACCCUUGGGUCAAACUGAACCUACCGUGGCCCAACCCGAACUCGUUGCACCAACGGGUCGGAGUCGCUUAUGCUUUCUUGCACCUACCGGAGUAGUUGCACCCACUGAACCUACUUGUACCUUUCGGGUCGACCCGAACGACUCCGGGUCGCUUACGGAUGGCUCCGGCCCCAUAGGUUCGGGUCGACCCGCCCAUCACUAGAACGGUCCAUAUGGGGCUUCAACCCAUGACGGGCAUGUUGUUGCUGUGCCACAGGACCGCCCUUAACUCGCAGUGAAAUAUAAAAUUUACUGAUAAAUAACAAAACAACUUACCGUAUCGAGAUGCGUGCCGUCCUUCAUGGUAUCAUCAAGGAACUUCAUCGCGUCGAAGGCGAACCAUCUUGGCCGAAAAACGUCCUCAGCCGCUACGAAUGAUAAAAUUUUGUCAUUGAACAGUUUCAUAUUAUUUUAAAUUUGAUGAGUACCUGCUCCGCUUUGCUGACUUUUACGCAGCUUGGACUUAUACGUCCGGUAGCUGGUCAGCAGCUUCCUCCACUGGUAACUGGCCUCUUCGACGGUAAGUUCCAAGAUUCCACCAAUCUCGGUCCACGCAUCCUUACGCCGAAUUCCGUUCUUAUAAAAAUCCGACCGCUUUUGCCAUAAAACAGGCUGUCUUUCCACCUCGGCAAUAAGCCGAAGGCUUUGCUCAACGUUCUGGAAGCAAAUCAAUAAUAAAAAAACUAUUAAUCUCGACUCAAUUACUUAUCAUUCACCAUCCCCAUGACCCCGUUAUUAUGUUGAUGGCCCGGAAGAUGCAGCAGUUUUCUUCCAUUAUCAGUCCUCAACCUCGAAAGAGCUGUAAUAUAAAAUAUUAAAAUACACAUAAACGUUCCUGUAAAAAUAAGACACUUUUUUAUCGCAGCGGCAACAGCAAUAGCUUCCAUUGUAGCAGAUGGGGUAGAGGUUGCAGCAAAAAUGGUGCAGGAAAACAGGGCCAGAAGGAAUAGUUGAUUUUCCGGAUUAGAUUAAAUAUUUACUGUUGGAAGAAGACCAAAACCGCAUAACCUAUAUUCCAGGAUUCCGAAUCAUUAUUAGUGUAUGCGGACUAAUAAGAAACACAACAUUCCGUGGUACAGCCAGGUCAGUUCUCAAAGAGCUGCAAUGUACAAAUAAAACAUUUCAGUUCAAUGGUAUAUUCCUGUAAAAAUAAAGGCUAGCUAGGUACAUAAAAUUAGUACAAUUUUUACAAUUUAAACUUUUUUACAAUCUACAAUUUUUACAAUUUAAAAUUUUUACAAUCUUCAAUUUUUACAAUUUUUUCACAAACUCCAAGCAACUGGUUUUAAAAAAAUCGCCGGUAGCUGGAGAAGCAGCAGAGGUUAUGUUUUUUCCAAGCCGGAAAAUAAUCAAAAUUGAACAAUAAUUCAAUAGUUGCCCAUUUUUCUAAAUUUCUACCGCAUACACAAAUCACAAACACUGAACAUAUACGAUUUAAAUAAAAUACGAGUAAAAAUAAAUCUACAAAAAUACACCCAAGAAUUGCUUCCACUACAAAAACACCGGUAGCAAAAACAGAAUGAUUAUAUAUUUACCAAUUUUUCAUAAUUCCGGCGAUUCGGCACGUUCGGCAAUUCGUUCUCCAUUGCUGAAAUCAAAACAUAAUUAGAUUUUUGGUUCAAAAAUCAACGCAUCAUCUCAUAUUUAUUCGUUUCAAUACCUACCGCUAUAUGUAAACAAACGUAUUAUUUUCAGAUUGCGCCAAGAUUGCGCAUAAAUUUUCGAGAUUUAUAUGUCCGAGAUAUAUAAUUUUUUUUUGACAGAUAAAUAUAUCAAAUCGACCCGUUUGACAGAUAAAUAUAUGCGCAAUCUGAGAUUGCGCAUCGUCUAUUGCUACGG